AGCUGAGGUAGGCGGACUUGGCGGUGACAGGUUAGGUUGAGCAGUGGAGGCCUUCCUGAUCGUAGUUGAAGGAGCUGUUGACCAGGGUGUCUGACCUUUCCCUGCAGGGACCAAGCUCAUAAAACUUGGGUGAAGAUUGGUAACAGUCAAUGAUUUGGAACUCCAACUACACCUAGGGAGAGAUUAAACAGUAGGAGACAGGAUGAAUGUUGGUGUCGCUCACAGUGAGGUUAAUCCAAACACCCGGAUAAUGAACAGCCGGGGAAUCUGGCUGGCCUACCUCAUUUUAGUCGGAAUUCUCCACGUCGUCCUGCUGAGCAUUCCAUUCUUCAGCAUUCCUGUGGUGUGGACUCUCACUCAUGUCAUCCACAACUCGGCAAUGUAUUGGUUUCUACACACGGUUAAAGGAACACCGUUUGAGACUCCAGACCAGGGCAAGGCACGAUUGCUUACACACUGGGAGCAAAUGGAUUAUGGGAUCCAGUUUACAUCUUCACGGAAGUUUCUCACCAUCACUCCAAUAAUUCUGUAUAUGCUGGCAAGUUUCUACACUAAAUAUAACGUUGUUCAUUUCCUGGUGAACACCACAUCUUUGCUCACUGCGCUCAUUCCCAAACUCCCGCAGCUGCAUGGUGUCCGAAUCUUUGGCAUCAACAAAUAUUGAAUGGGUGCAUGACCACUGGGCAAAUGCUGAAAGGUGAUGCUGCCAGUAGCUCCAAACAGCCUCAGAAAGGGGCCAGCAUGAGCAAUGGGCACAAUGUACUGAGACAAUGGACAAUGAAGGAACUGCUGGCACUACCUCUCGAAACAUCAACUGUUCUCCUACCUGCGCAAGUGAAAGACUUUGUAUGUAUGAGUUGUGCUCCUGUGCAUAAGCUGCUCAUGUAUAAUUUUAUAUUUUUUUUCCUUCUUUGCAUUAAUUGUACACAUAUAAAAGAGGUUUAUGUCAA